AUGAUGAAAGCUAAAAUAUAUAGCACAGAUGGGACUAAUAUAGCUUAUGAUUCGACUGCCAUUAAUGGGGCCAAUUAUAUUGGGAAUUGGAUUUUCUUUGCUGUCACUAUUAAUUCUAGUUCUAAAUUGUUAAAGAUUUAUACCCAAAGUAGUCCUAACCCUCCAUCGGCUACUUACCCUCUUGUUUCAUCUUCAAUUACUUAUACAUAUACAGCACCAGCUUUUACUUCUGAUAAAGGUAUAUAUAUUGGAGGAACUCCGAAGCAAAAAUAUCCAGGAAAUUAUGCAGACUUUCGAUUUUAUCCUGGAAACAGCAUAGAUGCUACUUUAAUUGAAUAUAAUAACAACAUAUAUAGCGCUGCUACCUAUCUUGAUCCUUAUUGCACAUCAUGAUCCUCAAUUUGGUACUGCGGUGCUUGUGAAAUUGGUUAUUAUGCUAAAAAUGGGAUAUGUCAAAGUAAUUAAUAAAUAGAAUGUCACCCUUCAUGUGCUGCAUGCAGCUCUGAUGACACAGAAAUAAAUUGUUUAGGUUGUGCAAGUGGAUAUUAUGCUCAGCCAAACCAUCCUUCUAUAUGUUUUGAUUAUUGCCCAUUAGGCUUUACUUCUGACUCGACUUUAAACCAAUGUACAGGAACUCAAGGCUCUAUUGCAAAUAUCAACUUUGAUAACAAUCUACUGCUGGAUUAUAAUGCAUCCACUCUCAAAUUAAUAGAUUAUUUUAAGACUGAUAAUCAAAAUUAUCAUAGUUUGUUCCCGGCCAAUAAAAGAGGAAUCUAUAUAGGUAAAUCUGAAGCUGAUCAAUUUGUGCUAGAAGAAUCAACACAAAAUAGAAGGAUUCUAGGCUCUGAUUUUACGAUUGAAUUUUGAGCAAUGCUAUUUAAAUGAGACCCUCAAUCAUUUUUAAGUGCCCAACAAGAUAUUGCAGGUGCAACAUAUAUCUUGUUUCGAAGACAUAAUGAGAAAAUUCUUAGUCUUAAUAUCCUUACAAGAGAAUCUUCGAUAAUUGAAGCGAGUUUAUAUGAAAAUGAGCAGAAAAAUAAGGAAUGAGCUUUUUAUUCUGCUUCAGUCUCCUUUGAUGAUUCAUAUAAACAUACUCAAGUUACUCUUGUUUGAAAUGAAAAAUAUGAAGUAAAAAUAGCUCUAAGCUAUUAUAAAGAUGUUUCUUGUCUAACCUAUUUUUUAGGAUCAGGAUUAAAUGGAUUUCUGUAUAGUUUUGCGUUAUAUAACUAUGGAAAAGGCUAUAAUGAGAUCCUGUUAAGUCUAGGCACUUGCAGUUCUUGUUCUGCUUGCCCAGGAGUCUUAAAUUAUUGUUUGCCAACUUGUGAUAAAACUGAAUAUGUGGAUGCAGAUGGAAAUUGCCAGAAAUGCCCAAGCUCAUGCCAUGGCAUAUGCUCAAGAGCUAGCAGUUGUAACCCUUGUUAUGAUGAUUUAUGCUAUAAAUGCACUAAAUAUGAAAUUGGGACUUGUAUCCAGUGUGUUGAGAAUGCAAUCCUAAAAAAUGGACAAUGUGAAUGCCAAAAUGGAUAUAGAAGGCAAGGUGUGCGAUGUGUAAAAGCAUGCCAUGAUGGGUAUUAUUUUGAUCUAAUCACAAAAGAGUGCCUUAGUUGCUUUAUCAACUGUCUAAAAUGCGGAGAUGGGAAUACUUGCUUAGUAUGCAAAAAUGGGUUGAAUUUAUAUAAUGGGAAAUGCAUAUGUGCAGAUGGAUAUUUUAGCGAUUCUUCAAAUAAUUGCUUAAAAUGUGAUAUCUCAUGCUCGAAUUGCUCAAUUAUUCCUUCAAACUGUACUUCUUGCAUAUCAGAUUUACCUAUUCUCUAUGAUUCGAAUAAAUGCUAUCCAUGCAAUUCAUUUGAAGGCUACUCUACUUAUUUUGCCAUUCCGAUUUCUUAUUUUACAGAUGAUUUAUGGUCACAAUUAUCUUCUAAUUGUAUUGAAAUUUGUGGAGAUGGAAAAAAUAUGGGACAAGUUCAAUGUGAUGAUGGAAAUAAUGCAAAUGGAGAUGGCUGCUCUUCUAGCUGUAAAGUGGAAAUUGGCUGAUAUUGCUUUGGAGGGAGUGCAAAUUCUUCUGAUGUGUGCAAAGACACAACUCCGCCUUAUCCAAUCCUUGCGUACUUAAGUAAAACCGAUUUGGGUUAUUGCCUUACUUUAUCAUUUAAUGAGCUUGUUACAUUUGGUAUUGAAAUCUCUAAAAAUAUUGAAAUAGAAAUUGAAAAUUUAAAAUUUGACUGGUCUAUUAUUUCGAAAGAAAACUCAACAUAUAUAGUUGAUUUAGAUCUUCAUGAAGAUGCAUCAGCUGGGACUGUCGUAAAAUUAGAAUUUAUAAAUCCUAAUUUGAUUAUUGAUGUGAAUGGAAAUGAAAUGCAAGAAAAAUCAGUUUCUACAAAAUUAAUGGUGUCUUAUUCUUAUAUUUAUACAGCAGGCCAAGUAAUAUCUUCUUCAGUUACAACAGCAGUAACCACUACUGUAAGCAUUUCUCUAGUUGUUUCAAUAUUAUCUACAUUUUCUAUAGGAUUUCUUGACAUGCAAGCGAUAUGGGGUAUGAUCGAAACUAUGCAGAUCCAAAAUUAUUUGAUAUACUUAUCGCCGAAAUACCCUGACAAUUUCAUAUCAUAUCUAAAAGCACUUGGAAUGGCAAAUGGGAGAUUCUUGCCAAAUCCGUUUACGAGAUAUUUAGUCAACACUGACCCUUUUCCAGACCCUCCACAGAAUUUUGUUGAUGAAAAUUUAAACACAGACUUUCUCAUGAACUAUGGGCAAUUUCUAUUGGUUUGAACUGCUAUUUUAAUAGGAUUGCUUAUUUCUUUGAUAUUAUUUAAAGUAAGGCCAAGCGAUUCAAUAAUAAGAUCCCUUAAAAGCUUAUUUUUAUUUUCAAUUCUCCUUAGUCCCCCGAUCAUAAAAGAAUUCUGCUUAUUAAUAAAGUUUUUUGUAAUAUUUUGAAUUAGUAAAUUUUAUAGAUCGAUAUUUGCUUAUUAUUAGGAGUUUUCAGCUAAAAUGUCAAAAAUGCAUUUGCCAUUCAAUAAUAAAUAAAUUUCGAUCUAUUAUAGAAAAAAUUACUAUUUGAAUUAGCAAGAGCAAGCUUAUUACCUAGAGGGGGUUAGAAUUGGAAUUGAGUCCUUCUUGGAAACUACACUUUCAACUUUUCUCCAAUUAAGAGAAAUUUCAUUACCAAGCCAGCGUAUCGGCUACCUUUCCUUGGCUUUGAGCAUUCUGGCAGCAAUUUAUCUUUUAUUGAAUUUUGUGCUUAUUAUUUGCCAAAUUACAUUUAAAUCUGCAGAAACGCUCAAUAAAACAUCACAUGAAAGACGAUAUGGAGUGCUAUAUGCAGGAUUUAAAAGAAACUCUAAAUUUGCAGCAUCAUUUCUUUUAUUUCAAAAUAUCCGCAGAGUUAUUUUGGUUUCCUUAUGUGUAUUUUUAUAUGACCAUGUAUAGCUCAUGCCAUUAUAUAGAUUUCUUUAUCGAGAAAAAUGUACUUGACUCUUGAUUGAGCAAAACAGAUUCUCUCAUAGAGAUGAGCUCAAUCUCUAUAUCAGGAAGAUUUAAAAAUGUCAUCUCAAAGUGUAAAAAGUUGGCAAGUAAACGCGCCGAUAUUAAAAAUGGCUUUAUUAUUAAAUUAAUUUUAAAUUUCAGAUACCCAAUUAGACUGGGAUUGAUUAAUAAAUAAAAAUCUUAAUUUAAAAGGUCUUAUAAAUUAAUGAUAAUAAUAAAUACAUAAAUAAUAAAUGCUACAUAUAAAAUAAUAUGUAUAAAAACUAGAUGUCAUUCUCAGCUUCUCCAUACUGGACGCUAUCUUGUAUCAAGCAUAAGUCCAAAUAUUAUUGAGUAUUCGAUUAAUGUCUAAGCCGUAGCAAUAAUUCUUGGAAACCCUGUGAUGGUUUAAUGGGGGAGUUCCGCUUUUGAUUUAUUUUAGAUAUAUCUAAAUUUUAAAUUAAUUUAAUAAUAAAGACAUUUUAAAAAUCGGCGCAUUUACUUGCCAACUUUUUUACACGCUUGUAACCAUUUUUUUUGACAUCUAAUUUUUUAAAUCUUCCUGAUAAAGAGAUUGAGCUCAUCUCUUUGAUAGAGUCUGUUUUGCUCAUUCAAGAGUCCAGUACAUUUUGCUCGAUAAAGAAAUCUAUAUAGGGUAUGAGCUAUAAUUUUGCAAGUGGCUUUUUUAGUAACUUCAUCAUUUAUUUAUACAGCUUUAUUGAUAUUAUUGAGACCAUAUGAAAAAUCGGUUUUAGGAAACAGCCUGAAUAUAGUUUGCGAAAUUUGUUACUUUUCUUCUAAUUGUUUAAUACUGAAGCUUUUAGAUGAUGGUUUAUCUGAUGAUAAUCGAACAAAUAUUGGGUGGGGUUUAAUAUCCUUAUUAAGCUUUUCUUUGCUACUUCAUAUAAUAUCUAUUCUUAUCAACUUAGUCUAUGGAAUAAAAAAGCUAUAUGAUUGGUUUUUAAAGAUUAAGAUUAAGAUUACGAUAACACUUUGUCGACCCCCACUUAGCUUAGGAUCUAACAAUACUAGCCCCUCCUUCAUGAAUUCCAUCCACUCACAAACAGCUCUGAACAACGGUAGGUGGAAUCGGCCUAACCGUCAAACCGUUUCUGUUGCCUAUGGCCCAGACGAGUCUCUCUUCGGUUCUUGAAUAUGAUUCAAGAGUAAUUGGAGCUGCCGAAGCAGUCCCAACUCUGAUUUCCUUCAGAAAGUAAGAACUUCCCUCACUAGGAAAAAGUAUAGGGGACUGAACCCCUAACCUAUGCCUUCCAUUUUUAAUUGUGUGGUUUUUAAAAAGUUUUGCAAAUAAAUUUGUUAUUAGAAAAAGAAGAGUCAUUCUGAAUGAAAUUAAAUCGCAUAGGCCAAAUCAGGAAUGAAAUCAAAUAAUGGAAGACAAAUCCUUACAAAUUCAUGGUCUUGAUCAUGAUUCUACUGUGGCACAAAGCCAAGAGCAAAGAAGCAUCUAA